UUUUCAGUUUUACAUGUGAUACCAACAAAGAUGAGGCUGAGAACGCGGAAAGCUUCUCAGCAGUCGAAUCAAAAUUACCCGCAGCGUGCCCUGAGGGUGAAGCGGAAAUACUCAGAGGUCGAAGAAAGCCUGCCUGUUGGUGGAGGAAAACCACAGAAGAAUGAAACUGGCUUAUUGUCUUCAAUCAAAAAGUUCAUUAAAGGGAGCACCCCCAAGGAUGAAAGAGAACAUCCAGCUAAGAGAAGUCGCAUUGAGCGUGAUAUAGAUGACAACCUGAUUAGUUCUACUCCUCGAACAGGAGAGAAACCUAACAAACAGAUCUCUCGAGUGAGGCGGAAAAGUCAAGUGAAUGGAGAAGCUGGAAAUUAUGAAAUGACAAACCAGCACGUUCGGCAAAAUGGAAAAUUGGAAGAUAAUCCCAACACCGGCAGCCCCCCACGAACUACGUUACUGGGGACCAUCUUUUCUCCCGUCUUCAAUUUUUUCUCACCAGCAAAUAAAAAUGGAACAGCUGGUUCAGAUUCCCCAGGGCAGGCUGUGGAAGCGGAAGAAAUCGUGAAACAGCUGGAUAUGGAGCAGGUGGAUGAGAUCAUCACCAGCACGGCCACCUCAGCCAAUGGAGCGUCUUACGCCAGCCAGACGGUGCAGGUCCGGUCAGCCAUCGACAACGGCUUGGAGGAGGUGCCUGACCGCGAUCUGCCCCCGCUCACAGCACCAGUCUCUCCGGACAGCGGUUAUUCAUCAGCUCACGCCGAAGCCACCUAUGAAGAAGACUGGGAAGUCUUCGAUCCCUACUAUUUCAUCAAACAUGUUCCGCCGCUAACAGAAGAGCAACUUAAUCGGAAGCCUGCCCUUCCCCUGAAAACCAGAAGCACACCAGAGUUCUCCUUAGUUCUAGACUUGGAUGAAACGUUAGUCCAUUGUAGUCUAAAUGAACUAGAAGAUGCUGCACUUACCUUUCCAGUCCUUUUCCAAGAUGUCAUCUACCAGGUUUAUGUGCGGUUAAGACCAUUCUUCAGAGAAUUCCUGGAGCGCAUGUCCCAGAUCUAUGAGAUCAUUCUUUUUACUGCUUCUAAGAAGGUGUAUGCAGACAAGUUAUUGAACAUACUAGACCCUAAAAAGCAGCUGGUCAGGCACCGACUUUUCCGUGAGCAUUGCGUUUGUGUCCAAGGAAACUACAUAAAGGAUUUGAACAUCCUUGGUAGAGACCUCUCGAAAACGAUCAUUAUUGACAAUUCACCACAAGCCUUUGCCUAUCAGCUUUCAAAUGGGAUUCCUAUAGAGAGCUGGUUCAUGGAUAAAAAUGAUAAUGAACUCUUAAAACUGAUUCCUUUUCUGGAGAAACUUGUAGAGCUGAAUGAAGACGUCCGACCUCACAUCAGAGACAGAUUUCGCUUGCAUGACUUGCUGCCCCCCGACUAGCCCCCCCUCCCCCUCCCCCGGCCUUCGUCAGACAACCGAAGGGGGGGGGGGAAUGCAGGAAACUUUUUUUUCCCUUUUGGACUGAAACAAAAAACAUUGCCAUUACUGUUGAAAGUUUUGCAUUUUUGUACCCUGUCUCGCUUUUCUUAUCUCUGACGCCCAACAAUAAUCAAGGGUCACAGAAGGACUUUCUAUUUCGCCAACGGAAUACAGAUUAGUGCCCCAUGCAGCAGCAGGUAGGCCGGAACAGAAGCCUCUUUAGAACUAGUGCAACUCCAGGUUUUUGUUUUUGUACAGGACAUCUGCCGUUUUUAAAGAAUUCUGUAUCUGCCACCAGCAGUUUGACCUGUAAAAACACAGGAUUUUACGAAUAACAGAGAUUGAAAAUGGACUCUUCUUUUCUCUCUGUUCGGUGCUCUCUAAGUGGGUUUUGUAGCCACUUUUGUGUUAACUUUUCAGAUCCUCAUUUCAACAGGAAUGGCCAGUAAACGUUGGGUUGGGGUUGUUUUUCCUGUUAAGGUUUAUAACCUUUUUACAUUUUUGACCUGUAUUAGAUUUUAGACAUUCAUUAUGCAUUCCUUUUAGUUGAGGCGGCUUCAUAGUGUCUCUCCCCCCCCCCCCCCCCCCACUCCCCCGGAACUAGCCAAUUUUUACUAGUUUUUUAUUAUAUGAUUGGAUGGCCGUUUCCCUGCUUUGUCUGCCGGCAUACUGUAUAUUUGUUUAAAAAUAUUAUCUAGUUUUAUUCCAUGUAAGUUUCAUUUAGAAAUUUGCGUUUAUAUAUUAUUUUGGGGGUUUUUUUGUUUCUGUAAUAUUCUACUGUAGUGGAAAUCUUUUCAAAAAUCAAGAGACUUGGCUAGAUAAGAAGAAAUAUAAGAAUUACUAAUAUUCAGAAUAUUGAAACCAUUGUGAUGGCAUGUGCUCUGGACAGACUCUCAAUGGUUGAUGGACAAGAACCAGUACCUCAGAGUCCAUGGUGCAGAGGAGUCCUUGUGGAGGCCCGUGGGGUCAGUUCAGCUUCUCCCUGCCUUCAGAGCCCCCCAGGAGUGAAGUACGGUGGGAGCCGUUCAGUAGCUGAGGCUGGCAUGGGGAGCGGGGGGUGGGGGGGCGGGACUGGUGGUCCUUCCGCUGUACAGCUGUGACCCUUCUAAAUUGUGUGUAGCUUGGAUGGGGCCGCCACAGCAACUAUGCAGAAUCCUGUGGUCCAGUCCAGACCAGUACACUCCUCUGCCACCCAUGCAGGUGAUAUGCUGUCAGAGUGGUUUUCUAUGCCCUAUGGAAAUGGUCUUGAAGCCGUGGUUCUCUAAUGCAGCUCACACAAGAGGUGGAUAUUUUUUUAAUGGAGCGUAAUCUCCUUUUUAGGAGGCUUUUUAUGGAAGGGGAAAAUUUGUAAAAGUUAGUAAGUUUGCCUCGAAGCUGCAUUAACAUGCCAUGGGCUCGGGCCGUUUUUGUGUAAAGGAUGCGGCAGAACGGCACUUUUUCUAAAGAGAAGUUUGAUAUUUUGUAUGCUUGUUAAAGAAAGUACAGUAUUGGAAAUUAAAGGUGGACAACUGAUAAUUGAGAAGUAUGUCAAUUAAUUUUUUAUGUAUAUUACCUGUUUACUUGUACAAUUUUAUUGUACAAAUUACACGCAGCUUCAUUUUUCCAAUGAGUCCUUAAAAUAAGGAAAAUCUUUUUAGGAAAACAUUUAAUUUUUGUAUUUUUUGAUUUGAAAAGGCAUGAGUUAUGUCAACUUUUUCCAGUGUAUUAAUGAAAAUUUUAACUUUUCAUCAGGUUGAGUGUUUUUCUUACUAUAUUAUCUGUUGUAUAUGUAGCUAGCACAUUGUGUCACUGAACUGUUUAAAAAAAAGUUAGCAUGUAGAGCAAGCCUGUUUUGUGGGAAAUCAUUACUCAUUGGAAACAAAAUCAUGGCGGAUUUUCUGCAAAAAAAGUUUUAAAAAACAUUUGCUGUCCAGAAUGCUGACUUCUUUUGUAUUUUGAGAAAGGUUUUUUGUUUGCAGGGAAAAAAAUGCUACAGAUUCAUUUAAUGAGAAUCUUUGAAAUGUAUUUAACUUUAGGGCAUCGGAGCAUCUUUACGCUGUUUAUCUUAAUGUCUUUAUUGAAAUAAAAUGUACAUAAUGUUA